GCAAUGGCAAAAGGGUAGGGCGAAAACAAAACAGACCUCCGCCGGCGCAUUCCAAAACUGACCUCUCCGCUUCCCACGAAUUUCCCAUUCUCCCCUUACCACUCACUAACCGCUUUCUUCCACUUUCCCUAUAAAUUCUCUCUCUCUCUCUCUCUCUCUCUAGAACCAAAAACCCUCUUCUUCUUCUUCUUCUUCUUCUUCUUCUUCCUCCUCUCUUCUCUGUAACAACAAAACAGGAAAAAAAAUGGUGGAAGACAGCCAGAGCUUUCCAUUAGCGCACUACCAAGCUCACCACAAAUCCGACGAAGAACAACAACUCGCCACUUUCAAAACUCUCCGUAAAGAACGAUCCAACAAAUGCUUCAUCUACGUCUUCUCCACCUUCGUCUUCCUCAGCGUCGCCGUUCUAAUCUUCGCUCUCAUCGUCCUCCGCGUCAAUUCCCCUUCUAUUCAACUCUCUUCCGUUUCAAUCCCCAAGUUCUCAAUCACUAACGCUAAUUCCUCUUCUCCUUCGCUUAAUCUCACCAUGAUUGCCGAAUUCACCGUCGAUAAUUCCAACUUCGGUCCUUUCAAUUUCGACAACGGCACCGUCGGUCUAAUGUAUGGCGGCGCCAUCGUCGGCGAGAAGAGUACUGGUGCCGGCAGAGCUGAGGCUAAGGGGAGUAAGAGGAUGAAUGUUACUAUGGAAGCUUCGGCGAAGAACAUCAGCAGUGAUUCGAAUAAUUUGGGGAUUUUGAAUCUGAAUAGCUUUGUGAAAUUGAGAGGCAGAGUUCGUUUGAUUCAUAUUUUCAGGAGGAGGACUUCGUCGGAGAUUACUUGUUCUAUGAAUCUUGAUAUGAAUACUCAUCAAAUUCAGUAUAAUUGGGUUUGUGAAUAGUGAUCAGAAUCGGAAUCCAUCAACUCCAGAGAGCCCUAAUUAGUUUAUUUUUCUUUUCAAAUUCGUUUAUUAUUAUUCCUUUUUUUGUUUUUCUUACAAUUUUGGUGGGGUUUUUCCCUUUUCUGCACACGAUGUAAAUAUAUAUGUGGUUUCCGAAACUUUUUUUUUUUUUUUUUUAAAUAUAUACUGUCAUUAUUCCUUUUUGCAUAUUCUUAAUGAACGAUAAUAGCAACA